CUUAAGCACUGGCGCUUCAGUAAUCAGCGUGAGCUAUUCUUCGUAGUUGUGAUUACAUGUGAAACGAGUUUUUGAGAUAGAGGUGUUGUAUUGUUUGGUUAAUUUAAACACUUUAACGGUUUUAAAGAUGGCGAACAAGCUUGAUAUGUCAUUGGACGAGAUUAUCAAACAGGGUAAAGGUAAAGGUGGUGGAAGACCUCGCCGAGGAAGUGGUAGCCGCGAUGGCCCUCGAAGCGACUCAGGCCCAACGAGACAAAAUCGACAAAAUUUCAACCGGAGCAGAGACAGACCUGCUCCAUAUUCCAGGCCAAGAGAGCUACCAGACAAAUGGCAGCACGACAUGUUUGAUGAUGGAUUCGGCAGUAGUAAAGCGGCGAAGCCAGACUACAGCCCAAGCUUUGGCCUGGAGACCAGCGGGAAGCUCCUGGUGUCCAAUCUGGACUUUGGGGUGUCUGACUCUGACAUCAAGGAGUUGUUCAGGGAAUUUGGCAAUUUGACAAAAGCAGCGGUGCACUACGACCGGUCGGGUCGCAGUCUGGGGACGGCAGAUGUCCACUUUGAGAAGAAAGCUGACGCGCUCAAAGCCAUGAAGCAGUACAACGGUGUUCCCCUGGAUGGUCGUGCAAUGGAGAUCCAGGUGGUUGCAGGACGCGUCUCGACGGGGAGAGACGACGACUCUGAUUCGGGCGGGCUGAAGGGACGUCUGGGGACCCGAGAGUCCGAUUCCUCCGGGUCUUUCAGAAGGAACCGAGGAGGCAACAGGGACUCUGGCUUCGGAGGGUCGCGGAGACGUGAGGGAGGUGGCGGAGGAGGAUACAGGGGGAGAGGAGGCCGAGGAGGAGGAGGAGGAGGUGGUGGGGGACGUGGCGGUAGACGCAACGAGAGCAAACAGCUGACUGCAGAGGAGCUGGAUGCACAGCUGGACGCCUACAAAAACAAGAUGGAUACCAGCUAAGCGGCAUCUGAGUUCAAGCACUUUGAAAAUCCAGCCAUUCCCACCUCCUCCUGAAAAAAAAUGCCAGUCUCGCGCUCAGGAUUGACAGCCUAGGUGUUCUUUUUGUUUUUAUUUGUUUUGGUUUGGUUUUUUCCUUUAUUUUGUUUCUUCACAUGAAGAAUGGACAAUACAAAGUUGUGUAUAUAACUGGAUGACUUUUGAGAGCAUUUGGUAUGAUUUUGUUUUUGUUUUUUUCUCACCCAUCCUUUUUGUUUUUAUGCUCUCACGAGUAAAUGUUUUAAAUACAUAGUGGGUUUACCAGUUAUUUGUUAUCCUGUAUUAAACCUACUGUGCCUUUGUA